AGUGAGGCCAUGGAGCACAGCCACAUCUUCACCGCGCUCUCCCCUAACGCCAGCGCCUGGAGCCCAGAGCUGCCGCAACCCGACAGCCCCCGGGGCUGCCCUCUCGGACCCCUGCCAGUCAUCUACUACAGCACCCUGCUCUGUCUUGGCCUGCCUGAGGCAAACAUCCUCACAGUCAUCAUCCUGUCGCAGCUGGUGCUACGUCGUCAAAAGUCAUCCUACAAUUACCUCCUGGCUCUGGCUGUUGCUGACAUCCUGGUCCUCCUGCUCAUUGUGUUUGUAGACUUCCUCCUGGAGGACUUCAUCCUCGGAACCCCUUUGCCACCUUCCCUGAACAAGACAGUGCAAGUAUUAGAGUUCUCCUCCAUCCACACCUCUAUCUGGAUCACAGUGCCCCUGACAGUGGACCGCUACAUUGCAGUGUGUCACCCUCUGCGCUACCACACUGUCUCCUACCCCGCGCGCACUCGCCGCGUGAUCCUGGCUGUGUAUACAGGCUGCCUGCUCUCCAGCGCACCGUACUACUGGUGGCCCGAGCUGUGGCAUGGGCUUCCCGGAGCGAGUGGAGGGGGCGUCAGCAGUGCGGGCCAGCAUGUCCUGGUGUGGGCCCACUGCACCACAGUCUACCUGCUUCCCUGCUCUGUCUUCUUCUCGCUCAACACCGUGAUUGUGCGGAAGCUCCGCUGCAGACGCAGCUGCUUCCGUUUGCGUGGCUACUCCACAGGGAAGACAACUGCCAUCCUGCUAGUCAUCACCUCUGUGUUCGCUGUGCUCUGGGCACCACGCACCAUCAUGAUCCUGUACCACCUGUACACAGCGCAACCAGCCAAGCCUGGCCCUGCGAGGGCACUCCACCUGGUCACUGACGUGGCCAACAUGUUGGCGUUGCUCAACACCGGUGUCAACUUCUUCCUUUACUGCUUCAUCAGCAAGCGCUUCCGGGCCAUGGCUGCCACUGUGCUCAAGUCCUUUUUCCGCUGUAAGAAGCAGCCGCCACCCUUCUAUGCCAGCCACAACUUCUCCAUCACAAGUAGCCCCUGGAUCUCCCCAGCCAACUCCCACUGCAUCAAAAUGCUUGUGUACCAGUAUGAUAAGAAUGGCAAGCCGGUGUGCAUAUCAUCCUGAGCACAGACAGUAGCUACUGAAUAAGCCGCACUUAACCGUUUGUCCAAAAAGCUAAAGUUAUCCAAGGAGCGUGGCAAAGGGGCAGCUCACAUUUUCACAGCUGUUUCACAGAUUGUUUUAGAAAAGAUGGUUUUAAAAUGUCUAUCAGGACAGGGGAGAGGUUUGAUACAAGCACUUUUCAUUGUUGAACUCAAAAAUGGGUUUGUUAACUUUUGAUAAAGCUUUCACUUACAGUAAACAUGCCAGCAGGAUAUUAAUGCAAAAAAAGGAUUCAGCUUCAAAAUCAUGUAGUAAACUGUUGA